AAACAACAUGGCCGACGCCCCUCCUCCGGACGGGCGUGGCCAAUGCCAGCUCUAACUGAACUGAAGAAACGUCAGCAAAGAAGACCCAAACGCCGUUCCAAGGUGCUGCUAAAUCAUCUCCUAUUGCUAUUUGCCGCUGGAGCAUCUACCAUAUAUCGGGAGUGGCUCACUUCACCACUCAAUGCUCUAUUGGCGUGGGCAGGCGGAAUAAUAUUUUAUCAUCAAGCCUACUGGCUGGCCAACAUUCGCCCAUUUAAAGAAGUACAGAAAUGUAGUGCAACAUUGAAGGAUGCAAAGGAUUGGAGGCUAGGUUAUUACUUUCGAGAGGUCAGCAACGAUAAAUGGUGGUUAUAUAUGGCUUGCCUAGGAAAUGAAGAUGGUUGGUCAAAGGGGCGCUGGGAUGGUUCAGUUAGUAAACACAACCUUUGAUUACUUGACAAUACUAAAAGUUAAAGGACUUUAUCUACCGGUCCAUUGCUAUACUAUCCAUCAUUUCGAUACCACAUUGGUACUGGGUACAGUUGAUGUUACUGUUGGUAUAUGUUAGUUGAGGAACAUUUCCCCUGAUUAUCAUAUGAUUAUCGUCUAAUAAGGUGCCUAUAGGUAAUCGGCAUAUUUUGCAGGCUUUUACUGCUAUCUGUAAGUAACUAUAUCCAUUCUUCGUUAUCCUAUUUGAAACUUACAAUAUUGAAAAGUUUGAGCAAGAACUCUCUGAAUGGACAUUGGUUCCAAUGGUAUUUUCCGCGGGUGCGGUCGUCAACAAUAUCGUUUACGCAGUCCUCGCUUUUUUGUGUUGACCCGUUUGUCUUAUUUCUCAACUCCGCAGUAAACUCGAUGUUAAAAGUUUGCUUGACUGCUAUUGGCUGCAUCAACUUUUUUUCCGUCGAUUUUGUGGUAUUGGUUCCAAUUUAUUGGCCUUCCGACUUUCUAUAUAUUCUAUGUCCAAGAGUGGAUACCUAUACGUGCUGCAUCAAUAUUUAUUGCGCGCCGGGACAGGCUUGCUGCUGUUGGACGUGAUUGGGAAGACAAUCGAGAUCAACAAGACAUGGAAGAAUUGGAACUUAUUUGGCCCUGGCUAGCAGGAAGAAUCAAACAUAAUUGUUUCAAGCUUGCGAAAAUAAUUGUCAAAAUUCUGGAUCUUAUAGCUAUAGGUUUAGACGAGUGCUAUUUCCUUUGGAUAUUUUGUGGGAACUGCUGGCAUAUUCCACGGCGAGUCGCCGAUCUUACAAAGCGCGAAGUUGCUUUUGAACUACAAAUAGAUGUUCUUGAACGGCGAUUAGCUAUUGUUAAGGAGGGCGAAAACAAUUACCGGAGGAAAUUUGUGCGGCUGCUGGGAAUGAGGAUGGAUUGCAUAAAUGUACAUCACGGUUUCAAUGAUCAAGAUCAGAUCCUGGGGAGAAUACGUGAAUUAGAGCGACAGAGAGACGACAGACAGGUGGAAUACCACGAACUAUUGGCAAAGUACACAACGCAGCGCCAAGCUUCAAGUGCAUUGAUCUUGGCCGGUGGCCCAGCGAGAACGGUGGAAAAAUUGCUUGAUGAAUCCCUUCAUACAAAAGAUUUGCACCGUCAACAAAUCCAAACUCUGACCGCUUCAGUCGUUGAAAGUGGUGCUGAGAUUGCGAUACUCAAAGAUAAAGUCAAGACAUUAGAACGUGACCUCGAAACUGUCAAUGAAGGGAAAGCAACAUUGUUAUGGCGAGAUAUGGAGAAACAAAAUAUUGAAUUGAGGAAAAGGGCAGAAGAAGAAAUCUGGGAACGAGACGUGAAAAUUCAGAGGCUACGGGACUAUCGAGAUGACAAUUCUGUAACAUCAUUGAGUUUGGAUUCAAAAGGACAACAGAUUUUGAGAAGACUGCGAGAAGAAUUAAUGAAGGCGGAGGAUAAACUUGCCCACUCCGAAAUGAUAAUUGCUAAACUGAAGAAUAAUGAAGCUAGAAUUGACGAAAUUAGGAAACAGAUCAAGAGGGAAGCAUUAUACGGGGCAUCAGAGCGAAUGGGAGAGCUUUACAUGAAUGCUGCUAUUCAGGUUGAUGAGUUAUCUGAAAAGCUAAAGAGAUUCGAACACCUUACUGACCCGGAGCAUGAUAUCGAGGCUGUUCAACGUAAUUGUAACGAGGAAAAAGGGAAAUUACGACACGAAAUUGCCGAUAAAACCUCCCAAAUAUCUACAUUUAAAGCGCAAAUUGACCAUGCAAUGGGUUGCUUGGAUUGGACUCACAAUAAGUUUGAGCCUCUGGACAAAUACUUGGGCUUUGUGCCUGGAGCAAAAGAGCAGAUAAGACGUUUAGUAAUUGAACUUCGGCGUUUUCAUUUUCUCAGUGAAGUUCAUCAAGGACCCGAAACAACAGAACACCUACGUGUUUUGGAAGAUUUGGCCCGUGAAAGAGAUCGUGUGUCAGAUCAAAGGCAGGAUCUGCGAGUAAUGUGUGAUGAGCUCUUGCAUGAAAGACUGCGGAAUGAGACAGAGUUGGAAGUGCUAAGAGAUCGAGAAGCUCGGAGGAACACACAGGUAACUAAUCUGCAGAAGCGAAACAGGGAACUCCAGGUUCAACUCAUGGAAGCACAAGCGGCUGUGCCUCCAGCUGACCCACCAGAUAUUACAGAAAUAACAGCUCCUAUAGCAGAGAUUUUUAGAACGAAUCUUUUAGCUCUAGAAAUGGAGAUUCGGAGGAGGGGUAUAGAAAUUCAAGAUGCCGUAGGGAUUCCGGGUGUUGAUGGUUUACCGAGAGUUGAAAGAGAGCCGGGAGAAAUUUCUAUGUUAAGAAUUUUCGAAGGGCAUAGAGAAAGAUUUGACGAACUAUCAGGGCUAGUUAGAGCAAGUAGACCUAUAUGGCUAGGAGCGGCAGAUGAUUGGGUUGAUGAUGAUUCAAACAACAGUCCGGAGAAUCUGGAAGCGCGCAGCCUAAACCGAAUAUUAAGAAUUCAAGACCUUUGGGACUAUAUUGGAACAUUACAUUACGACACUAUUCUUUUCCUCCGCGAAUUCUGCACAAGAAGAAUUGGAAUAGUACCAGGUGUCGAAGCACCCGAACCGCCCCAGCCUCCGCCACCUGUACCUUCCCCAACUCCUCCUCCCCGAACUCUCCCUCCACCAGCUCUUCCCCCCAGGGAUAGAGAUCUAUUUCCAGCACAAUUUACACGCUAUAAGUUGUUCGAUAUUCAAAGAUGGAAUGUCUUUCCGCUGUUUUAUGAAGAAGUAGAUUCUUCGCUCAGUGUCCUGGAUGCUCUGCAAGGAUCCAUUCAGGCACAACUACCGAACUAUUAUGCAGAGAAGAUUUUCCCCGGCGCGUUCCUCGGUAAGUUGCUGCGUGUGGUUGGCACCGAUGGAUCCAUGGACAACCCGGUUAACGAGCGUGAUGUAGCUGAAACCUUAUACAGGCUUAACCAUUCAUUUGUUUUGAAAACUGUUACACAGUUUCCACUACAAAAUGGGGGCUUCAGAUAUUUAUCUCGAGAGAUCAUGUAUCCAGAUACGCUGGACGUGCCUCCACCGAGACAGAUAGUCGUAUUGUAUUUGUCUGGUAAUCUCUGGCAAGGUAUGAGCUUGAAGCAAGGGGCACAGUCACCCCCCGAGUCUGAGGAAGGAUCUGACGGUGAAUCUGGUGAAGAGUCUCCUCUUCCCGAUCUUGUUCUACCCAAAUUGGUAGAAUUCAACAUAGCAGAGUGGAAAUUAGGUCACUUACGUGAAAGCUGGAUGAGACCCGGACAUGUCACUAUGCGUGAAAAUUUGUCUCCGAUUUGUGCAGUUGCACUGUCCUUUCAUUUGCAGUAUCCAGGCAUACUACCCCGUCAUUUGAAUGGAGCAGAGGCCUAUGAAAAUAUGUAUGAAAGAUUUAUGAGAGUCCUCCCACAUGCUAAUAGGGACUAUUCGCCGUUGCAUAUUCAAGUGGUAUUAGAAGAUAUACCAGGAAAUCAACAUAACAGACCACACUACCGACUCGCAGUCGUCAAGUGCUACGAAUUAGCCGUUGGAGAUGUAAGAUAUUUCUCCAGGAAUCUAGGUGGUGAUUCACAGAGUCCCGUGCUUUAUGUAUUCAGUGAGCCCGACGGCAAAUUGCAUGCAAUGCGGAGGAGGCGGGAUGGUGAUUCUGAAGACAUGCUUGCGGAUUUAGACUGGAUUCAGGAUUUUCAGCAACCAUCUCCGGAUCUUCCUCAAGCUCAUACACCAGCUCAUACACCAGCUCAACCAGUUGAUGUGGUACCACCGGCUGAUUCUGUACCCGCUUUCAUGAGAAGAGAUGAAGAUUAUGGAAGAAACGUCAUCAGAGCGCCAUUUCAUAGGGAUGGUUGGUAUUUUGACGUCAAUAUAUCUCAUCUAAACGAAGGACUGACAAAGCGUCAUAUGAACUGGAUACAUAACUGCGGCCCACAAGCAUUGUAUUAUUCAAUGGAAAAUCAAGUUAAUCUUGGGAAUUUAUUUUGGGGAGAAUUUUUUCAAAUAUUUGAAGAAGCUUUUCCCCGUCACUACAAUGCCUGGGAGGGAGAAGAGCUUGCUAGAUUGUUAAAAUGGCACCCACGACUUGGAGGAUUUACACUUGGUAUUGUCCAUGGUGUUGUUUUGGUGAGGAUGCAAUCAUGAUUGAUACUUGGUCCCAACCGGAGGGCUAUGAUCCUGAACAUGACCAGAUAGUAUAUGUUGCCUCAAUUACGGACGUGCGAUUCCAACCCGUAGCCGGUCGACCGGAUCAUAGGAAUCACUGGGUAGGUAUGAGCUAUCCCGCAGGUGAAGCAGCGCCGCCGCCUCCUCCAUUACAUACGACUCGACCAACCGUACCUCCUCCAGCACCUCCUAGAUCAGUUUUUAGGCCCUUGUUAGACGCACAGGCCAGCGUACGAAGGAAUAAUAAUGAUACUGCACCCAGAAAUAAUAAGACUGCUUGGUUUGAUUUCGAUACUAGGGAAAGUUUCGCAUCUAGGACUGGUCAGAUAUGGGUACCACCACCUCUGCCUCCCGGCCUCCUGUAGCUACACAUGCCGUGCAAUCAGCAACGUGGCAAGGCGUGAAUGCCGCAGCAGCAGCGUUUCAACUGGUCCAACCAGCCGCGGCUAACACACAGCAAGCACAGCAACAAGUUGGUACUGCAAUGCAACCGCAACAGCAGCCAGGCUUGAAUCCCGCUGCAGCAAUGUUUCAACAGGGUCAGCCAGCAGCUGCUAACGCACAGCAACCACAGCAACAACUAAAUCAAGCAGGCUUCGGCACGAAUGCGAUCACUAUUAACGAUCAGCUUGAAAUUGCACGUCAACUUCGAGAAGAACAGGGUCGUGGCGGCAAUGAGGAGGAAGAGGUACGCAGCCGAGGAUCCUAGGGAGAGGCCGCAUGGAAUUGAGAAGGGGGGAAGGGAAGAGGAAGGAGGAAGAGGGAAGGGAAAGAGGAAGGGGAGGGAGAGAAGGAGGAAGAGGGGGAAAGGAGGAAGGGUGGAUGGAAGGGAGGAAGAGGGAUGAGGAGAGAUAAUUAGUAUAUCGGAAUGAUGGAGCUGAAUUCUAGGCUUUUAUUGAAGUAGGAUGGUUUUGAUAAUGGCUACAGUUUUGUUUGUUGUACUGCUUGAACAAAGAUAGGAUUUGGGCUAGGGCGAGAUAAACAUCCCGAGGGGUAUUUGGACGGAUACUUAGGAUGCUCGAAAAUCAGAAAUCGAAAGAAGAGAUUGAGAGUUAUGUUUUUGUUGUUCUUAUUGAUUCAGUACCAUUACUUAAGCAAUGAUGACUUUGUUCGAGGAGUGUAGCGAGGAAAACGUUUUGAAAGGUAAUAUGAGAUACUAUUUUGGUCGAGUUUAUCCUGAGAAUAAAAGAAGUGUAGAUGCUUUGCUCAAGAUCCUUUGUUAUUACAUUCGGAUUAUAUCAUUUUAAACAGAUUAUAGACUCUGCAGAUAUAAACAAAUUAGCCUUGCAAUACUGAAGAAUUGACUUUGCAUGAUUAAGGCAUAGAAGGAGUUGGGACAAGUUUCGCGUCUAUAGAUCGAUCCACUUUGGUUACUAUACCGAAAUUAAUCUUCAGUUAAUCUAGGGCUUGGUACUCCCUCGAGCAUUUUUUAGUAUUUCUUUUUAUCUGGUCAUUUUGUUCGCG